UUUCUGUUACCAACAACACAGAAUGUAUGAAGCUACUGGAGGAAAUCAAAUGUGCACACUGCUCACCACAUGCUCAGAAUCUAUUCCAUUCACCUGAGAAAGGGGAAACAUCUGAAAGAGAACUAGUUCUUCCCUACCUGUGCAAAGACUAUUGUAAAGAAUUCUUUUAUACUUGCAGAGGUCACAUACCAGGUUUUCUCCAAACAACAGCUGAUGAGUUUUGCUUUUACUAUGCAAGAAAAGAUGGUGGCUUGUGCUUUCCAGAUUUCCCAAGAAAACAAGUGCGAGGCCCAGCUUCUAACUAUUUGGACCAGAUGGAAGAAUAUGACAAAGUUGAAGAGAUCAGCAGAAAACAUAAGCACAACUGCUUCUGUAUUCAAGAGGUUGUGAGUGGGUUGAGACAGCCUGUUGGAGCAGUGCAUUGUGGGGAUGGAUCUCAUCGUCUCUUUAUCCUUGAAAAGGAGGGAUACGUGAAGAUUUUCACUCCUGAGGGGGAGAUAAUGAAGGAACUUUUUCUGGACAUACACAAGCUUGUUCAAAGUGGAAUAAAGGUGGAGGUCUAACAGGUCUCAGCAAGUGGAAGAUGUGGCCCUCUCUAACGCUACGGACAUCCAAAAUUGAUGGGGAGGUCCUGAAUAUCUCAAGGUAUCCAUAAAAGACAAGAGCUGUCCCUCAGCAUGCCCAGUUCUUCAAAAAACGUCCCUUAUAUGCAACUCCUUCAGAUGUCUCAUUCCCUUGGGAGCACCACAUGCAAAUUGGGUCACAGUUCCCCCUUUUAAAGGAAUUUAAAGAUUCAGAACAGAAAAACCUUGAGAAUUUCUCCAUAAUGCCACAGAGCCAUUUUCCUCUAGCUCUCCCACCACUCUCUCUCAGAACCUGUGAGGCCCCCUUCUUCACACAGAGGAACUUCAAUUGGGUUUGGGAGAGGACCAACUCCCUUCCUCUGACAGAUUAUUGGCUAAAUCAUCAGGUUUUCCACUCAUUUUAUCCCCUCUGCAGUUAAAAUGGGAGAGG